UCGGGUGCAUGGUCGCGUCUUGCUAGUUGGCGGCACGUUUUCCCUAUUCUUUUAGACCGUCGUAAGGAGAGCGCUUUCGAGAGCGGGGUGGGCGCCAGCAGAACAAAUUUAGGAGAGCGGCGAGGAGGCCUGCAAGCGCCAGAAAGCUCAGCGACAUGUCUCUUACGUGCUUUAUCAGUAAUGAGGUCACAGACCGGCCUUGCGUGUCUCCACUAUCAGGUCAUGUCUUUGAUAGACGCCUGAUUGAGAAGUAUCUGGCUGAAAAUGGGACAGAUCCAGUAACUAAUCAACCAUUGAGUGAAGAUCAGUUAAUUGAUAUUAAAGUUGCUCAUCCAAUUCGUCCAAAGCCACCUUCAGCUACAAGUAUCCCUGCAAUCCUCAAGUCCCUGCAGGAUGAAUGGGAUGCAGUAAUGCUUCACAGCUUCACUCUGCGGCAGCAGCUACAGACAACUCGCCAAGAACUUUCACAUGCUCUCUAUCAACAUGAUGCUGCUUGUCGUGUUAUAGCCCGUCUUACUAAAGAAGUAACAGCCGCACGUGAAGCUCUGGCAACACUGAAGCCACAAGCUGGUAUUUCUGUGCAGGCCAAUCCUACCCCUCAAGCAGGGGUAGCGGGAUCAGUGGAAGCUAUGGACUUGGGAGAAUUGGUGGGAAUGUCGGCAGAAAUCAUACAGAAGCUUCAAGACAAAGCAACUGUGCUCACCACAGAGCGUAAGAAGCGAGGAAAGACAGUCCCAGAGGAUCUUGUCAAGCCAGAGGAACUCGGCAAAUAUCAUCAAGUUUCCUCACAUGUGGGAUUACACAGUGCGAGUGUUCCUGGCAUUUUGGCUUUAGACUUGUGUCCAACAGACACCAACAAAACCCUUACAGGUGGGGCUGAUAAGAGUGUAGUGGUAUUUGAUGCCAUGUCUCAGCAGAUCCUUGCAACUCUUAAAGGUCAUACCAAGAAGGUCACUAAUGUUGUGUUUCAUCCUUCCCAGGAGCUUGUGUUCUCUGCCUCGCCUGACUCUACAAUACGUGUCUGGUCUGUGCCAGAAACCUCCUGUGUUCAAGUUUUAAGAGCUCAUGAAGGAGCGGUGACUGGUUUAAGUCUGCAUGCAACUGGAGACUAUCUUUUGAGCUGCUCAGAUGACCAGUACUGGGCAUUUAGUGACAUUCAUGCAGGACGUGUUCUCACAAAAGUAACAGAUGAGACUUCAGGCUGUGCUCUUACCUGUGCUCAGUUUCAUCCCGAUGGACUCAUUUUUGGAACAGGGACAAUGGAUUCUCAAAUUAAGAUCUGGGAUUUGAAGGAACAGUCAAAUGUGGCUAAUUUUCCUGGACAUUCUGGACCUGUAUCGUGUGUGGCAUUUUCAGAAAAUGGUUAUUACCUAGCAACUGCUGCUGACGACUCCAGUGUCAAAUUGUGGGAUUUGCGUAAACUAAAGAACUUCAAGACACUGCAACUAGAAGAAGGAUACCAGGUGCGAUCAUUGGUAUUUGAUCAGAGUGGUACAUAUCUCGCAGUUGGAGGGACUGACAUCCAAGUUUAUAUCUGCAAGCAGUGGGCUGAAGUUUUGCACUUUACAGAUCACAGUGCGCUUACAACAGGUCUGGCAUUUGGCCAGAAUGCGAAGUUUCUGGCAUCUACAGGCAUGGAUCGAAGUCUACGUUUUUACAGUCUUUGACGUGGCAGUGUGGACAUAAUGCUGUUGAAACCACGCCAUUGACAUAGUUUGCAUAACAUGCUUAUGACUUGUAAUAUGUUUGUAACAUCUGUGUGGUUGAUAGCUGAACUAUUGGAGUGUAUUCUCUUCUGCAGGAGCUGUUCUUCAUAACUACUAAGAUGCUACCAGAGCAUAGUGCUCUUAUACAGCUUUAUGUGGCUUCUACAAGCUUCUCUAGCAGUUUUGUAUCUUGACCCCUGGAACUUUAUUUUAUUCUUUUAACUUAGUGAUUUUUCUUUUCCUCCUCUGUUUUCUUUUUUCUUUUUUUUUUUUUUUUAA